CCAGGUUCAUCUGCUGCCGAGUGGGCACAAGGGGAAGAAGUCCCUAAUUGGUUUGGCCAGCAGGUAGUUGACCCCGACAUAUCUCAAGAUAGCAACAGAUGGUCAUCACAGCCAUUUUCCUCUUCUGCUCGGCCGGGAGAUCCGAACAACUUGUACCGAACAUCUUCAUAUCCGGAGCAACCACAGCAACACCAUCAACAAGUACACCAUCAACAGUUCUCAAGUGAACCCAUUCUUGUCCCAAAACCUUCUUAUCCUUCAUAUCCUCCUCAAGUUAGUGGACAAUCCCCACAUGCUUCACCAAAUCACACUCGGUUAAAUAUCCCGCAUCUCUCUGGAAACCCCCAGAUGGCAUUGUCUCCGCAGAACCAGUCUCCCUUUUCGAACUCUCAGCUCCAGAUGCCUGGUGUGCACCACGCAUCACCACAGUAUGGCAGAAACUUGCAACAGCUUGCCUCUGGUCUAGCUGUCAACAGCCGUCCACCAGGCCAAUGGGCGAACCAAACUGGGAUGUUCCCCGGAGACCAUCCCAUGAACCAGCUGAACAAUGUGCUGCCUCAUCAGAAUGGGUUAAUGCCUCCACAGAUGAUGCGACCUCAUAUGCAGCAGCAGCAGCAGCUGAGAUUUCACCAUCAGGGUCAGCCAUCUUUGAGUCAUUUACCAGGUUUGAAUGUUAAAAUCAAGAUUUUAUGUAAUGUUGGAAAGUUCUUUAAAAUCAUGAUAAGAUUGAACCUGAGGUUGCAAGAAUUUAAUGUCCUAUACAAAUAACCGUCAUAUUACUGGCAUUCCAACCAAUUGUAAAUAAUUGACCGAAUGAGUAAUAUCACCCAACACAAGUGAGUAGAAGAGAUAUAAUAUUAUAUGAAAAUAUAAAAUUCACAACUUGAGUGAGUGGAAGAUAAAACAAGCUACAACUCCGUACCUGACAAUUAACCGUAGCAAGGCUUCACAUCUAAAAUUGUAACUUCCACGGAUACCUUUUCCAUAAAAUCAUAACAUUGGUGAAUUGCGGAUUUUAUAUUAAGAUCCAACAAAGUUGGUAUACUUGUAAAAUCGCAUGGUUCUAGGAUCUAAAUCAGAAUUUACAACAUUGCAGGUAUUCAGAGUCAAAUCUUUAACCCACAUCACCCUCCACCACCUCCAAUGAUGGGAAACUUUGGUGCGGUUCUCGGCAUGGGCGAUCUCAGAGAUCAAAGACCGAGAUCGGUUCAGAGAGGUGGCCGGUUCAACAUGCGGUAUCCUCAACCAAGCUUUGAUAGCGGCUGGCCACAGUUCAGAUCCAAGUACAUGUCAACCGAUGAACUUGAUGGUAUUCUCAGAGUGCAACUCGCUGCGACACACAGCAAUGAUCCGUAUGUAGAUGAUUACUAUCACCAGGGGUGUCUCUUCAAAAAAUCAUCAUCCGGUGCAACAAAGAUCAGACACCAUUUCUGCCCAACUCACUUGCGUGAUCUACCUCCAGGGGCCCGCGUGAACUCUGAACCACAUGCUUUCCUGCAGGUGGAUGCUCUUGGUAGGGUUCCUUUCUCUUCCAUCCGCAGGCCCCGCCCUCUUCUCGAGGUGGACCCUCCCAAUUCUUCUACUACCAAUAGUGAGCAGAACAAUGUUGCCCCUGAGAAGCCAUUAGAGCAGGAGCCUAUGCUUGCAGCUAGAGUUGCAAUUGAAGAUGGUCUCUGCCUCCUCCUAGAUGUCGAUGAUAUCGAUCGUUUCCUCAAGUUUAAUCAGAUCCCUGAUGGUGGGACCCACUUGAGAAGGCGGCGGCAGGAACUGUUGGAAGGACUAGCAACAUCUCUCCAGCUGGUUGAUCCACUUGGGAAAAAUGGACAAACAGUUGGAAAUGACGACAUGGUUUUCUUGAGGGUAUUAGCCCUUCCCAAGGGCAGGAAGCUUCUCUCUAGGUAUCUACAACUGUUGCCAGCUAGCGACCUCCUACGUGUUGUCUGCAUGGCCAUCUUCCGUCAUUUGAGGUUUCUGUUUGGAGAUAUCUCUCGUGCAGCUGAAGCUACGAGCAAUCUGGUUAGGACUGUAUCAUCGUGUGUCCGCCGCAUGGAUCUCGGGUCGCUCAGUGCAUGCCUUGCUGCCGUGGUUUGUUCGUCUGAGCAACCGCCGUUGCGCCCACUGAGCAGCUCGGCGGGAAAUGGGGCUUCGGUUGUCUUGGUUUCUGUGCUCGAACAGGGUGCUGAGUUGUUGAGCGAUUCACUCAAUGACGCGAGCAACUAUAAUGUCACAAACCGGGCGCUUUGGAAGGCCUCUUUUGACGAGUUCUUUGGUCUGCUUAUCAAGUAUUGCGUGAAUAAGUACGACGGGAUUAUGCAGUCUUCUAGCUUAGAUCCAGCUGAAGCUAUCAAGAGAGAAUUGCCUAUGGAGCUUUUAAGGGCGAGUAUUCCACAUACCAACGAGUACCAGAAGAAGAUGUUGUAUGAUCUUUCUCAGCGGUCAUUGGUUGGUCAGGAGAAAGGCAAUGGUGGUCAGGCAGAGUGAGGUGUUACCAAUACCAGAAGCAUUGUUGGGCUUAACUACACGACUUCCGUUUCAAGGUUCCACUAUUGUUGUUGCACCACUCUGGAGCUAUACAUUCCGAAAGGUGGAGCACAUUGACAAUUUCCACUUUGGGGAGCAUGCAUCCUUGAAAGCUUAGCUUUCGCCAUAGUGGCCUUUUAGUUUUUCUGAAUAGAAUUUUUGGCCAUUCUCUUAUUCAAUUUCACCCUACUCGUCUUUCUGUAUUACUGUCUUAGAUCUGUUGUGGUUCUUGGAAUUUUGUCUUAGUGUCUUGUCGUCGUCUGUCUCUUGAGAGCUUAUUUUGAUGCUCUGUUGUGAAAGAGUUGCCUCAAUAUAGAAGGAGGGUGUAGUGGUUUAGAUGUACAGGUAACCUGAAUGAUUUUCUCCUACUUCUCUGUACUAUUUGCUUAUGAGGGAGGUCUGGGGAUUUGGUUUUGAGUUGCUUAUGUUGUUUUAUGGCAGUCUUUGGCCAUGGCUGGCUGUGCAGAAUUGCUGCAAUAAAGAGUUGAAGAAGCUGGUGGUGCUUCGUGGGUAGUUUAGUUAGUUGCCUUUUUCAGCAGAUGUUCCUGUGGUCCAAUAUGCACUGCUAUUUUUCUGCAGAGUUCUGACUCUCUUGUGAAAGGUUUUGAUUCAUAUUUGCUGUUGCCAAUCGCAUAUCAGUGCUCUUCCUUUUGCACUCUACACCUUGGAUAGAGAUGUCAUCUUCUUGAACAGCCACCUUUCUAUUUAGUGUUUAGGUAUUGAAAUAUGAAUCUUGUUGUCUCUUUCUUUCGUUGAUGAGUAUAGCCCUUUGGUUUGUUGUCGAGUGUCAUCGCCCGAAGAGUGUUUACCAAGGUUGACUAGUUUCGACCAUUGUGUGUGGUUAUCAAGUGUCUUGUAAUUCGUUUCUAUCCUUAAAUGAGAUUAUCCAUGAUGAAAAAGAAUAGCUUUCAGUUUGUUAUUAUAUGAUUCUAAGCAAUCUUUGUAUCGCGAGGGGAUAUCGUAACAACGAGACUAAUACUAGUUUAUUGACAAAAUCGUAACAAAAUCUUGAUGGAGUCGGAGCAAUAUUUGUGAUAAAGCAUGAUCUAAUAU